UGGGCCCUCCCACUCCCAGUUCAUGUUUGAUGUUUGAGCUCCAGCAGCUCCAGUCUGGCGGCGGUCAGCACUGAGCUCGCAGAAGCUGGAGGAGCAGGAGAGAGAGAAGGAGAGACCUGUGAAGAACAGCGGAGCUGAGGACGGACUGUCAUCCCUCUCCAACCCCCUUCCCCAGAACCCCCUCCCCUGCGUGGAGUCUCCAGCAUGCUGGAGAGCCGGGUGCUGAAGGAGGGCGUGCUGGAGAAGCGCAGCGACGGCCUGCUGCAGCUGUGGAAGAAGAAGCACUGCAGGCUGACGGAGGAGGGGCUGCUGCUGAACCCUCCCAAGCCCCCCACCAAGCCCCCCCAGCAGGAGAGCGGCGGGGGGCAGGUGAAGGAGCUGCACUUCGCCAACAUGAAGACGGUGGAUUGUGUGGAGCGUAAGGGGAAGUACGUGUAUUUCACGGUGGUGAUGAGCGAGGGCAAGGAGAUCGACUUCCGGAGCCGUCAGGAUGAGGGAUGGAACGCGGCGAUCACGCUGCAGAUGGUGCACUACAAAAACAAGCAGGCAAUCCUUGCCGUGCGCUCCACGCGCCAGAAACAGCAGCUGCUGGUCGUCCAGCUGGCCGGACAGAAGACGGCUGCCCGGUCGCAGGAGGCAGCGUAAAGCUCUUUGGUUUUAUGGAAUCCUGACUCCUGGUUCCAAGCUGACCUGCAGACUGAUCUAUGGACCCCCAUCCCAACCCUCACUGGUAAAACCCUCCAGCUCAGGAUUUUGUUCGGACUGUCUGGAUGGUUCUACUGCAGCUUCUGGACUUGGUUUUAACCACCCCAACAACACACACACACAAACACACACACACACACACACUACUUUUUUCCAAUGCCUCACCAAUAAACUCCAGAAAGUCUAAACCUGGAGCUAUCGCAGGAAAACUUGGAGUGGAUGGUAACAGGAUUCCUAGAAACAGUUCCACUUUAUUUACUGUAUUUACUGUGUAAGAUUGUGUGUGUGACUGUGCGCAUUUGUAAGAUUGUGUGUUUGUGUGCACUUCUUCAGAACGUUUUUACUCAAUUGAAUGUUUGGUUAAAUCAGGUCAUGUGUCAUGCGGUUUGUGUUGCGCACACAUAAUCCAUUGGCUGAUAUGAAUGGGAUCAGCUCUGUUUAUUUUGUGUCUGAUCCAUUUAUGGACGGAUCUGAUUUCAAUCACAUUUGGAAAUGCCGGUAAAUCUGCAGAAACUCGACGACUGCUUCCUCUUCUGUUAUCAAACCAAAGAAGCUGCUUUACUGCUCACAGUGAGGUUGGACGGGUUUAACAGAUCGGACUGAUGGGGCGAUUAAAGUGAAGGUUAGCUCACAAACAGCUAAGAAGCAUUUGAAUUUCGGGUCUAAGUGUUGGCUUCUUUAGUUUUAGCACUGGAGUGACAAUGCUAAUGUAACUAAAAAGCCCACCAAUUUUUAGCCUACCAAUUACCAUGAUGCUAACUGCCUGUCCUUACACUCUUAACUCGAAAAGUUAACCUGCAUAGCAUCCACCAUAUAGCUGCACAGCAACCAUCUGGGAUACCAUACUUAACACAACAACUUGGGUGAAUGCUAAACAGAGUGUUAGCUUGGCUUUGAGUCGCCAGUGCAAAAAAAUUGAAGAAGCAAAUGUUCUCUUGACCUCUUAAUUUAUUGCAGACUAUAUGGAGUUCAGCUGAGGUGUGGAUGAAAACAAAAGGACUCUGAGGUUUCUGAGUUACUAUGCUCUAUGUUCUUGUUCUGUUCUACUGUGUGAAUGUUUCAUGUACAGAUGCUAAAGCUGCUUUCAUAUCUCUAAAAUAUACAUUCCAUUUAAACACCAAA